UAGGACCGCGCCGGUCGUCCCCCAGACGGUGGAGGCUGCACGUGGGCUGAAAUUGGAAACUUUCUGGACCCGCCAUGGAUACGCCGCUGAGACGCAGCCGGAGGCUGGAAGGCCUAAACCCUGAAUCCCCCGAGACCCCCAGCUCAGUUUUGCAGGCGAGACGGGCCCUUGUGGAGUUCAAGUCGGACACGGAAGAGACGAGGGAGCCCGAGUCUCCGAGUGCUCAGCAACCCGGCCUGGAGUCCCCCCGACGUCAGCCGGAGACAAGCCCGGGGUCACCUAUUCUACCGCAGGGUGCAGUUCUGGGGGCCCCCGGAAGGGAGCCGGAGCCGGGCCCACCGUCCCUCCAGCGCCAGCAGAACCCAGGCCUGGAGUCGCUCCAAACACUUCCGGAGUCGGGUCUAGAACUCCCCGGAUUUCAGCCAAAGCCAAGUGGGGAGUCCACAGAGUUCUCCCAGACCCAGGAAAAGCCGGACUCGGAGUUGUCACUGAGUAAGAAGGAGCUGGCCUCGGGGUCUCCCCGACAUCAGCUGCGCCCAGGAUCCCCUGAGCCUUACCUGGCUGAGCAAGUGCCGGGUCCGGAGCCCUCGCGGCCACUCCAGGAGCCGACAGCCCAGUCACCCGCCUCCCCCCGGGGUCAGCGCGAGCCGAACAAGCCACCUCCGGCCUGGAAGACGGUGCGAAGCAGCCUCGGGGCGCAGAAGAGGACAAGCUCUUCAGCCCAGACCCCAGCGUCCAAGAAGUUGAAGGAGGGGGAGGAGGUUCCUGUAAUCCCUAUGGGAAAGCCCAAAUCGGGGCGGGUGUGGAAGGACCGCUCCAAGAAAAGGUUCUCCCAAAUGGUGCAGGACAAGCCCUUGCGCACAUCCUGGCAGCGGAAGAUGAAGGAGCGACAGGAGAGGAAGCUGGCCAAGGACUUCGCCCGGCACCUAGAGGAGGAGAAGGAGAAACGACGGCAGGAGAAGAAACAGCGCCGGGCCGAGAACCUGAAACGCCGCCUGGAGAAUGAGCGGAGGGCAGAGGUUGUCCAAGUGAUCCGAAACCCUGCCAAGCUCAAGCGGGCAAAGAAGAAGCAGCUUCGCUCCAUUCAGAAGCGGGACACGCUGGCACUGCUGCAGAAGCAGCCACCCCAGGGGCCAGCGGCCAAGAUCUGAGUGCGCGGUGGCCCAGAGGCCUGCGACCAGCUGUUGUGUUGGACUCACACUUGUCGGGCCACAGCCCUCCAGCGCUAGUGCCAUGCCGCUCUGCCCCAGGGCGCUUCUGAGCCUUCAAAGGCACACAAGCCCGGAGGAACCCGGGGCCUAGCAGAGACUGGAGGAGGGAAGAGGUUCAGCCCCACCCCCACCUCCUUCCUCCCCUUUCCUCCUUCCUCAAGUGCCUUGCAGCCAAGAGGGGUAAAUUCUCUGGUUCCUUGGGAGCUGACAACUGGAGGGUGACUCCCUAAAAUGCGUAUUUCUGUCUCAAAGUCAUGGGUCCAACCCAGGCCAGGAGGCUGCAGUCAGGAACCAGUUUCCCUCACACCAUCCCAAAGGCUCCUUGGGGUGUCUCUGCAGCCCACUGGCCCAGUCACCCGGCCAGCUGAACCCGGCUUCCCCGACUUUUCAACACUGAAAGGUUAAGGAGGUUUCAGGAAGUGAGGUCUGCACCUCCCGCCCCCACCCCCCAGCUCCCUCUCACAUGUGCCGGACUCUGCAGGAGACCCACAGAUCUGAUUCACUCACGCCAUCCUGUCUGUAACAAACAUUUAUUGGACGCCUGCUUUGUAUGGGCACAAAUGUAGGUACCGGGGAAUACAGACAGAGGCCCCAGCCCCCAAGGAGCUUUCAUUCUGAUGGAAA